UCGGGGGAAACAUGGGGAAGCUUCAGGAGUUUGAGAUCGCGCUCGACAAAAACAAAGUGGUGUACAGUCCCGGAGAGUCCAUCUCCGGUACCGUGACGAUCAAAGUGAACCAGGCGCUGCCGUGCAAAGCCAUCAAAGUGAACUGCAAUGGUUUCUGUGGCAUCACCAACAAGGUGAAUGACACGGCGUGGACAAUGGAGGAGCAGUACUUCAACAGCACCGUCUCUGUCGCAGACAAAGGAACCCUGAAACAGGGAGAACACACGUUUCCCUUCAAGUUUCUCAUUCCAGCCUCUGCUCCCACGUCUUUUGAAGGCAACUAUGGGCGGAUCAUUUACAGAGUGAGGGCUUUUAUUGACACUCCACGAUUUGCCAAAGACUACAACAAAGAAACAGCUUUCUACCUGCUCAGCCCUCUAAACCUGAAUGAAGUGCCAGACAUAUGGGGAACCUGUUCAUCUGCAGUGACUCAGCAGUUCACCUACAUGCUGGUGAAAACAGGCACAGUGGUCCUGAAGGCCCAGACCGACAUGAAGGGCUACACACCAGGCCAGAUCAUCCAGGUGACGGCCAACAUCCACAACCAGUCCGGGAAGAGCACAGGCAACAUGGCAGCCAGUCUGAUGCAGAGGGUGACCUAUGAGACAAAGAGGCCCACCUAUGAUAUGAGAACCAUAGCAGAGGUGGAGGGAGGUGUGGUGAAGGCCGCCAAGGAGGUGCAGUGGAAGGAGCAGAUCAUCGUUCCUCCUCUUCCUCAGUCAUCCCUCGCUGGCUGUGAGCUGAUAAAGAUAGAAUAUUAUGUUAAAGUCAGUCUAAAAUCUCCAGACGUCAUGUUGACAUUACCCAUCCACAUUGGAAAUGUCUCACUGGACAAAAAACUGCACCACUCCAAAAAAGCAGCUCCUCCUUCCUCUGCUGCACCUGAGGAUACACCAGCCUCCGCCUCCACCUCUGUCCCUGACGCUUCCACCUCUGCUACCACUCCUACGACGACCCCUCGCACUGCCCCAAAACCCGCUCCCCGUCCCGCCCCUCGUCCCCGAAUGUCUUCUCACAGUUCCCCCAGUGCUCCUCCAGCCGAGUACCACCAUGGAGCAGAGGGUGGGACUCCGAUGAACGAUGGCUUCCCCAACAAGCGCCAGUCUCAGCUGGUGUCACCCAACGCCUUCAGCUACGCCCCCGGCCUUUUUUUCUCCCAGAACCAGCAGCACAGCGGGCCUGGCACUGCCCCCACUGGGCCUACAUUCAGUGGGUCCACAGGGGCCCCAUCACCUUAUGCCCCUGAGAACGGUUCUAGCUCUGCACCAUCACCACUCAUCCUGCCUCCAGACUAUGGCGCCUCAUCUUAUCCACAAGAAGCUCCUCCUUCUUAUGAUGAGAGCUGCAACACAUGAAGUCCCAGGACCCCACCCCUCCACCAGGAAGAUGAUUGAUUCACUCUGAUAUCAAACAAAAUGUUGAACUAAAACUGCAAAUCACCUACCUUGUGAAAAUAAGAGCCCUGUCAUUUUAUCAUGUUAUAACUAACUUGGGCAAAAUGAGUAUAAUACACAGAAGAAACCUAAUGUGACUUGCUAGGAUAGUUGUUUUAUACAGUAACCCUCAGAUUUUAUGUAAGUUUCAGGUUUUUCUAAAUGUAUAAGAAUCAAUAUUUUGAAUUUAAAUGAAUGUGAUUUGACCUCGGACUCCGCUGCCCAGUGAACAAGGAGCUGAACUAACCUAAUGGGGGUUAUUCUCCCCUGAAAACUAGCCACAGCAAAUCAACACUGUCUUUAUAAAAAUCAAUCUUUUUUGUUUGUUUUAAGCACUUUGAAUGAAAGGAGAGAGAAGAGGUAGGAUUUUGUUUUCUGUUCUUCAUGCAGUAACAGGAGUCAAGUUUUUAGUUGUGGGUUAUUAAUAUGUAGAUGACAUCUGUGAUGUCACGUUUGAAAAUGUCAUGUAUGAAAACCUGUGCAAAACAAACAUCUCUUAUUUUUUCCAAAGCCAAAUAAGAAUUAAAGCAGUGGGAUUUUUAUUGGAAACAGGUGAAAUCCUCUUUAUUUGUAUAAGACUGGAUGAAAUAUGUUGUUAGGAAGGAUCUUUUUUUUUUUAUUUGGCUUUGAUCAGAAGUUUUCUAAUUUAUGUGAUAUCCAGAUAUUGGUUUCACAAGCUUCCUCCCUUUAGCUUUAUAAGGUUGUAGUGCAGGAUCCAGUUUAGCCACAAGAUUUCUGCCAUGUUUGAUCAUUUGUUACAUUUAGGUCAUUAACUCUGUCGUAAUGACUGCAGACUUCCUUUUAGAAAUCAUGUUGUAUAUUGUUCUUCCUCUGUUGCAUGUGUGUUGGUUCCGUUCAUGACAUCCUCUCUGUCUGAUUUCUGUUAAUAGUUGAACAACAAUGCAAAAUCACUGAUUUGAGGUUUCUUAACUAAUUUAAUCUGUUUUUUGUAAAUACAUUUAAAUAUUUCUUGAUCAAGUUAAAUCCAUCAAACAUGCAGAAAUAUUUAUUGUUUUGAAUGUUUAUCAACCGCUGUCUGGAUUCCAGUAAAUCAGCCCUUGUUUUUUUAA